AUGGACUUACUAGAGGAGGAGGACAAUUGGACACCUGUUCUUUUACGUAGAGUGUACGAGGGUUUUGCUAACAACACCGGGAUCGUUAAUCCCGCCUUCACUGAGAAUGUCGACAGCGUCAACACAGAGACGCCAUCAUGGAGUGACACGAGCAGCACCAGUGACAACAAAGAUCCGAACAGCUCACGCGCGUCAACGCUGACAAGAACUAUGGAAAACGAUACACUUCCGGAACCGGACCGGAACUACAGCGUCAUUAAUGAAACAAGGGACUCAACCCUAACAUCAAACCUUGACAAAAAGACAGGCAUCAAACCAUGGGACGUGUUUCGUAUUAUGCCGAGGAAAAGCUCCUCUGUAUUCGAUGACUUGUUUGUGAACGUUAUAAAGAAGGUUGUCAAGGUGAUAACCAGUAUAUUCCUGACGCUUUUCAUCAUGAUGAUGACAAUACUUAGCAAAAGUUUGUUGUUUCUCAUAACGUCGAACAUUUAUACGAAUGUGACUUUGGAUUGUGUGACAACGCUGUUACCAAGGGAAGUGACGUCAUGUCGUCGAGUACUUCCAGACGAACCUUUGAAGGACACGUUUCAGUUUUCACAGAACGUAGAAAUCCGGUGGGUCUGGGCGUUGUUCAUUGUAGUGUGCACGCCCUACAUAUUCACAUGUGCUAAAUCCGUUUGGAGAGUUUGUUUCAAGAAGACGCGGCACACCAGGUUCCGGGUGUUAGCGUUGGUUCUAGUCAUUGAAACAUUGCACUCCCUAGGGAUCAGCAUCUUCGCCUUUUAUCUGCUCCCUACAUUAGACCCCAUCAGAGGGCUGCUGUUGACUUUCGGUGUAGCAUUUUUACCGUCUCUUCUUAAGAUAUUCGACAACCAGAGUGAGAUUGACGACAAGGCGAUGGAGUGUCCACACUUUGUGAAUCCUUUAAAUGCUGCCAACGUAGAAAGCACUAAUUACAUGAACGACCCAUUCUGGAUUAGUAUAGUACAAGUAUUCUCCUGCCUUCUCUGUUACACGUUCGCUAAAUCAGCGUGUAAAAUUCUCCUACAGGUCGUCAGCUUUGCACUGCCGUUGAUGUUAGCGGCUCCAAUAAUGUUAGGUCUCUUCAUGGGCAACUGUGAGUCUUUUAAGUUGAAUGGCUCCACGGGGCCACUGAUGCCCGACUACCUUUACUGGACGUGUGAUAUUCAUGGAAUAUCCUACGACUUCCUGGAUAGUCUCGUUUCAGACUACUAUCUUCCCGUCACACUCGGGUGGUGGUUGUCUUUCAUGUGGGUCACCUUCCAUAUAUGGAUUCCACGUGUGGAGCGGUUAGCGCAGACAGAAAGACUUUUCGUUCAGCCACUUUAUUGCGGAGUACUACUCGAACAAUCUCUGAUGUUGAACAGACGUCGAGACGAUAAAGACCGAGAAUCUCGGGGUUCCGAAAAGGUGAAAAAGUUUACAGAGGAGAAUACGUACAUGUCUGCUGACAGGCUAGGGGAAAGGAUGCCCGGUGGGAGGGGGCUGUUCGGUCAAUCAAACAUCACACCCAUGAUUUAUGUGUGCGCCACAAUGUGGCACGAGACUAGGAAAGAGAUGAGUCAGAUGCUGACGUCACUUUUCAGACUAGACAAUGAUCAAUGUGCACGAAAGAAUGCGCAGAAAUUUUUCGAUGUUGUGGAUCCAGAUUACUACGAAUUCGAAGUCCAUAUAUUUUUCGACAAUGCUUUCGAGGCGCACGAUGAUGACGAAUACGAGUACCACGCUAACACCUUCGUCAAACAGAUGAUCAAUGUGCUAGACGAAGCUGCUAGUAAAGUACACAAGGUGAUGGUGAAGAUCUCUCCCCCUACAAAGUACCCGACACCUUACGGGGGAAGACUGGAAUGGACACUUCCGGGUAACAACAAACUGACCGUCCACCUCAAGGAUAACGCCAAGAUACGCCACAAGAAACGUUGGAGCCAGGUUAUGUAUAUGUACUACCUGCUAGGAUAUAAACUAGUGGCACAGCCUCUGGACGCUCGCCGGAAACAGAAACUCGCUGACAACACAUUCAUUCUGGCAUUGGAUGGAGAUGUGGACUUCAAACCGUCAGCAGUUCAACUUCUCGUGGACAGAAUGAAGAAGAACGAGAAGGUCGGGGCGGCUUGUGGUCGGAUCCAUCCUAUCGGAACUGGCCCAAUGAUAUGGUAUCAGAAGUUUGAAUACGCCAUAAGUCAUUGGCUUCAAAAAGCAACAGAACAUAUGAUUGGCUGCGUUCUGUGCAGUCCCGGAUGUUUCUCUCUGUUUCGCGCUUCAUCCCUGAUGGACGACAACGUGAUGCGGAAGUACACUACAAUUUCCACCAACGCCAGACAUUACGUACAAUACGAUCAGGGUGAAGAUCGUUGGCUAUGUACUCUACUGCUGCAACAGGGAUACCGCGUAGAGUACUCAGCAGCCGCUGACGCGCUGACCUAUGCCCCGGAAGGAUUUAAUGAGUUCUACAACCAGAGGAGACGAUGGGCACCUUCGACCAUGGCCAACAUCAUGGACCUGUUGAUGGACUGGCGAAACGUCAUCUCUAUCAACGAGAAUGUGUCAGGUCUUUACAUGUUGUACCAGUUGCUCCUCUUCAUUUCGUCCAUGGUCACCCCCGGAACCAUCUUCCUCCUUAUUAUCGGGGCCUUCAACAGUGCCUUUCGGAUAGACCUCAUUACUUCUAUGCUCAUCAACCUCGCUCCCGUGGUUGUGUUCCUGAUUGGGUGUUUUGUACUGACGCCGAAAUGGCAGCUCCGUCUGGCAGGCGUGCUGUCUCUGAUCUACUCUAUGGUGAUGAUGAUUGUCAUUGUGGGUCUGGGCCUGGAGAUCAAAAGAGAGGGAAUAUGUUCGCCGACCACAAUUUUUCUCGUUUUCCUCGUGGGAGCGUUCAUUAUAGCAGCGAUGCUCCAUCCCCAAGAGUUCACGUGUCUGUUACACGGCGCCCUUUACUUCUUGGCGGUACCAAGCAUGUCCAUGCUGCUGAUGAUCUACUCAAUUUGUAACAUGCACAUCGUAUCCUGGGGUACCAGAGAAAACGCCGUGGCAUCGAAUCCAGCGGAGCCAAAGAAAGCCACGAAGUCUCAUAAAAUUUCGUCUAUAAUGGACAAGUUCAAAAACAAGAACCAUGAGGAUAGUGACUAUGCAUUCUCGUUCGGAAAUCUGUUCAGGUGUCUCUGUUGUCCUAAACCACACGAGGAUAAGACAGGGGAAACAUUCGCCGCCAUUUUAGAGAAGCUCGAUGGCCUUGAAUCGGCAAUGUCUAAGAAAAAGGAAGCCGUGCAAUCUACAGAUGCUGGAACACACGUGACUGAGGACGAUUUGAGUGGAAAGGGGACACUGGAUAGUCACCGUAAGCGCUCGGAGGAGUCAGGCAUACGAUAUAACCCGAUUUAUCACAACAAGGCGAUGCCCCACGAAGACGAUACGCCCUAUUGGAUCCACGAUCCCGAUAUCGGACACGGUAAAAUCCGCUACCUCAACAAGGAGGAGAAAUCUUUCUGGAAAGACUUAGUCGCAAAAUAUCUCUUUCCACUAGAAAGCAACGAAGCACAGAAGAAAAAAAUGACGAAAGAUCUCGAACAGCUUCGAAACAAAAUCAGCUUGAUGUUUUUCAUGAUAAACGCCCUCUUUGUGAUAAUCAUAUUCAGCUUACAGUAUUCCAAUGCUACUAGUAUAGGCGCUGACGGGAAACAGGGAUCCGGAUUGUCUAUCCCACUUCCCUGUCACGAUACUGAGACAGGUAAACUUCUAUCGCUCGAACCCAUCUCACUCCUCUUCAUGUCAGUGUUCGGUAUUGCUCUCGUCAUCCAGUUCAUCGCCAUGUUUUUCCAUCGUCUGGCAACCUUCCUGCACAUCAUGGCAUCAACGGAGGCUAAUUGCAUGAAACCAAACCAGACUGAAGUUGCACAGAUGGAUAUCGCUAGUAAAGUGCAGCUAGUAAAAGAGAUGCAGAGUUUUGUGGAUGAUGACGAUACACGGUCUAUAUCUACCACUGGUAGCGACCUUGACGAGGAUAGCAGCAUCACUGUAGACGAUUCACCGAAGAUCAGGCGUAGGAAGACAAUUAUUCGACUGACAAAGAGGAAACGGCGCCAAGCACCUCAGGCUGGAAGUCUUGGAGGAAAGUUUCUUAACAAUUUCAUUGAAUUCGCUAAGGAUCUUGAAAAACGUGGAAGUGAACACAGCAAUGACGGAGAUAGGAAGAAGAAGAAAGGAAGCGACAAGGCGAGAAGCAAGAAAGCCAUGCGGGCGUUAGAGUCUCUGGAACAGAACAAAGAGUCGGUUAUUCAUAAAGCAGAGGUUAUCAAAGAUAGAUGGAAAAACUUGGCAAAGAAAGCGAAGUACGAAGGUCAAGGUAACAACUGGGGGUCACUGUUAAGGUCAGUAAUGGGGCAAUCUCGCACCAGCCUCAACACAAUUUCAGAGGACGACAAACGGAACUCGUGGUUCCGAGGUUUUGCAAAGAUGAGCCGGUCUAACAGUGAGUUCUCGUUACCGGAUAUGGGUUCCUGGUCAAACCGGAACAGUUACGCUGAGCCUAUUUUUAACAUAAUCACAGACGGUAUAGGACCGCCAGAGACAUCGCGCCAAAGAGACAACGUGAAAUCUAUCGAAAGUUCCUCCCCUACCCGGAGGACAGAAAAUAUUUAUGACACUGCGGAUGGCGGGGCAGAACUCGUCAAUGAUUCUGACUCUGAAACCGAGGCUUCGGAUGCCUCAUCCUCACGGCACGUGUCACAUGACAAUGACAUUGUACUGAGGCGAGUAACCACAACGGUGCCCAAGCCUACGAACGACACAGGUGAUACACAGCUAUGA